UACGAAGCUGGCAAGCAAUCCGGCUUCAUGCCAGAAACGGAGAACUUCCGAGGCAGCCAUUUUGGACCCUGGCAAAACUCAGGAUCCAGGCCAAAGCCAAGAGAGCCAAUCAAUUUACACAACGAGGGAAGCGAAGAAAGAGUGCCAAUAAGCACACAGGGAAAAGGGCAGCGUGCUCCUGCCAUUUUCCACAGUCUCUCAGCUGCAUUUCCGCGCCCUCUGCCCUUCAUCAAGAUGGCCGCCUCGGGGGCUCUAACACACAGUGGAAUAUGGCGGCGCUUCCGGUCCCACUGCCCUCAGCGAAGAUGGCGACAGUGGAGAAGAGGCGACCGACGGUAAUACCGCCGGCCGGUUUCACAGACAGCGGCCGCCAGUCGGUGUCCCAGGCGGCGGGGGCGACCGAGAGCGAGGAGGACUUCCUGCGGCAGGUCGGCGUGACGGAGAUGCUACGCGCAGCCCUGCUGAAGGUGCUGGAGGCGCGGCCCGAGGAACCGAUCGCCUUCCUUGCGCACUACUUCGAGAACAUGGGCCUGCGCUCACCUGUAAACGGCGGCGCCGGGGAGCCCCCGGGGCAGCUCCUGCUACAGCAGCAGCGACUGGGCCGCGCGCUGUGGCACCUUCGCCUGGCCCACCACUCCCAGAGGGCCGCCUUCAACAGUAACGUGACCGUGGCCUACGAGUGCCUGAGCGCGGGCGGGCGCAGGAAGAGGCCCGGGCUGGACGGCCGCACCUACAGCGAGCUGCUCCGCCGCAUCUGCCGCGACGGCCGGGCCCCCGAGGAGGUGGUGGCGCCGCUGCUGCGCAAGGUCCAGUGCCGCGACCACGAGGCGGUGCCGCUGAGCGUGUUCCGCGCGGGCACGCUCACCUGCUUCGUGCUGCUGGAGUUCGUGGCGCGCGCCGGUGCGCUCUUCCAGCUGCUGCAGGACCCGGCCGCCGCCGUGGCCGACCGCCGCGUGGGCCAGGCCGUGCUGGACACCCUGGAGGGCGCGCUGCAGGCCAGCGACGCCGCGGCGCCCGCGCGCUUCCUGGAGGCGGGUUCGCGCCUGGGGCCCGACAGCCUGGCGCUGGCGCUGGACCGCGCCGUCGGGGGGCGGCGGCCCAGCGCGCCCAUGACCCGCGAGGAGUUCCUGGAGAGGGCGGCCGCGCUCUUCAUCGCCAAGGUCAAGCCGGUGGGCUGAGCCCCGCGCGCCACGCCACGCGGAUCCGGGACCUGCACUGGGGCGUCCCCGCGUCCCCUCGCCCGGGUGAGGGCCUUCCCCGAGGCGCCGGGCCCUGGGGUGGAGGCCCGGGCUCCCAGGAGGCGACGCCCCCGCCCCACCCACCCUCGCUGCCGCCCUCCACCCCCGCCGGAGCCCCUGCCCCGCGCUAAUAAAACGUGUUGCGAGGCUCA